UUUCCGAAGUCGAGUAUAGAAAAUUUCUAUCGAGUCCGAACCGGUAGUGAUUCCUUGAUCAGGGUCAUUCGGACAUCUUCGGGAUGAUGUCCGAGGGAUCGGUGACGUCACCGAGUCAUGCCGGAUGACGUCACAAGACAAGAAGUCCAAAGAAAAAUGGCGUCUUGUUUGUGAUGUUGACGAGCAAACGAGUCGAAGCGGUUCCGUACAGUUAUUCGUUAGCCGAUAGACAACUCAGCCAUUCAGCACCGAAGUCAUGACUGCGAAUAUGUACAGAGUUGGCGAUUAUGUCUUUUUUGAGACUUCUUCUACUGCUCCAUACCAAAUCAGAAGAAUUGAAGAGCUUAUAAAGACUCCUAGUGGAAAUGUAGAAGCAAAAGUAAUGUGUUUUUAUAGAAGAAGAGAUAUAUCUGGAACUCUUAUUAUGUUGGCAGACAAGCAUCAAAGUGCCUUAGAGGAAGAACAAGAGCGAGAGGCUGAGCUAUUGGCUGAAAAAGAAAGGCAUCAAUUAAAGCAUAGGGAAUUGUUUUUGUCUCGUCAAGUAGAGACACUUCCUGCAACCCAUAUUCGGGGAAAAUGUUCAGUUACUCUUUUAAAUGAAACAGAGUCUCUGGCAUCCUACCUCAAUAAGGAGGAUACAUUCUUUUAUUCUUUGGUUUAUGAUCCUCAACAAAAAACACUUUUAGCUGACAAGGGAGAAAUUCGUGUUGGACCAAGAUAUCAAGCAGAUAUUCCACCUUUACUACCUGAUGUCAGUGAAGAUGACAGAAGACUAGAAGAUUUAGAAACAUUAGCAUAUACACCAAGCCAUAAUCUAAAUGAUAAACAAAUAGAUCAGUUUCUCAUCAUUUGUAGGUCAGUAGGAACUUUUGCUCGGGCAUUAGACUGUUCUAGUUCUGUGAAACAGCCAAGUUUACAUAUGAGUGCAGCUGCUGCAUCAAGAGACAUUACACUUUUCCAUGCUAUGGAUGUACUUCAUAAACAUAAUUAUGAUGUAACAAGUGCAAUCUCCAGCCUAGUCCCUGCUGGUGGUCCAGUUUUGUGUCGUGAUGAAAUGGAAGAAUGGUCUGCAUCUGAAGCUAGUUUAUUUGAAGAAGCUCUUGAAAAGUAUGGGAAAGAUUUUAAUGAUAUUCGGCAAGAUUUUCUUCCUUGGAAAAGCCUUAACAAUAUUAUUGAAUACUAUUAUAUGUGGAAAACUACAGACCGUUAUGUUCAACAAAAGAGAGUAAAAGCUGUAGAAGCUGAGAGCAAAUUAAAGCAGGUCUACAUUCCUAAUUACAAUAAUAAACCAGGAAUUUUGAAUGGGAGUAGUGCUGGUGAUAGUCCCUCAGCUGCUGGUCGUCCAUGUGAAAGUUGUUACACAUUGACUGCUAGCCAAUGGUAUGCUUGGGGACCUGCUCAUACUCAAUGUAGAUUGUGCCAUUCCUGCUGGCUAUAUUGGAAAAAAUAUGGUGGUUUUAUGUAUCCAACACGCUUAGAAACUGUAGAUUUGAUGUCAGGAUCAUUUUCAGAGAGGAUUGCAGCUCAUAUGGCUGCUCAUAGACCCUACAGAUGUUCAAUUACUGGUUGUGGUAAGGAAUUUAAGUUAAAAGCUCAUUUAGCACGUCAUUGUGCUACUGCACAUGGACUCGCAUUACGUUCAGGUAGUCCCAGACCAACCAUGAAAACUCGAGCAGCCUUUUAUUUACAUACUACUCCUUUAACACGAAUAGCAAGAAGACUAUGUACUCAUAUUCUUCGUCCAAGACAUGCAGCUCGAAAUCCUUUUCAGUCAAUUAAUGUUAUAGCCAUUAAACAGGAAUGUCAGACAAAAUUAACAGAAACUGCAGUAAUGCCAAAACCUAAACCACGUGAACGAGGACUGGUUGUUGAUGUUUCUCAUCGUCUUGGUACUCCAAAUAUUCCUCGUCCAGAAUGGUUAGAUCCAACCCCUUUAGAUAAAAUACCAAAACCAGAAAGAAUUGCAUUUCCUCCUCCACCCAGAGGAGAAGAUGGUCAGUUAAUUAUUCCUCGACCCAUUGAAGUAGAAGAACCUAUAACUAGAUUGCCUGCAACAAUAAAUAGUGUUUCUUCUAGUUUACUUCGGAAACGACCUUACGAACAAAAUGGAGUUGAUGGACCAUCAAUUAAAAGACGUGUUAUAGGUAAUGGUAGUACAAAUACUUCUCCAGAUAUCUAUAAUAUGGGAGCAUUACCAAGGACAACUAUAUUGACACCUGUGAACGGUCGAGCUAAAGUAGCAACAAUAACUCGUGUUGGUGGCCGAAAACAGAUGAUUAGUUGGGUAGAUGCUCCUGAUGAUGUAUAUUUUGUAGCAGUAGAACCAACAAGGAAAAUGAGAAGACAACUGACAACAGCGGAGCUUCGUCGAGCAGCUCGUCGCCCGUGUAAAAAAUUGAAUCUAAAAAUUCCUCACGACCAGAUGGCCGUUAGUGGAGAUUGUAUCGUGAAUCCGCCAAAUGCUGGUCAUCAAGAUACCAUCGUUAUCAUGGAUUGAAAUUGAUGCAAACACUGCUGUGUCUGCUUGUGUCCCACUUUACAACAUGCUCAAUUGGGCCAUCAGUGGUUAUAUAAAAUUGCAAGAUGUAUUUACUUGCACACCACUUCACGGUUAUUGAAAAUAAUACACGGUUUGGGAUAUGCGACAUCUUGAUAGUAUUAAAAUAUCACGGGGAUAACAGGGUAUCCCAAAUGACUGUAGGAUGGAACACGGCAGCCAUGCAAGCUGUAAACUGACCAAAGAAAGCUACGGUCGGUUCGUAUGGUACUGGGCAAUCUAAUCCAUGUCUGUUUGUGAAGUGUGUUUUCAUUCUUAGUCAACUGUUUUGGCACUACCAACAGCACAUUAAUUAAACGGCAAUAACGUUGCUGUGAAUUUAAAAAAAUCCAGAGAAAAAAAAAACAGAAGAAAAGAUUGCAACUAAAACAGUGGUGCCUGAUUGUUAACAUUCAAAGUUUGUUGGUGUUGCCAAGAACAAAGCAAAGUCAUUGUGAUCUGCAACCACACUUGUUUUCUCUGAUCCUUCCUGUUUGAAUUUAUCAAAUAAGUCUCGCUUACAAUCCAAACUUAAUUAUGAAAAAAAUUCUGUAAAUAACAAUUUCAAUAAUGUUGCAAUAGAAAGAAAAAUAUUAUGUAUAAUUUUAAAGUGCGCAAAUCAUUUCAUCAACUAGUGCACUUAGAAAUUUAAUUUUGUCAUUAUUUUAUCUAAUUGACAAUUCAACAGGAAUAGAAGAUGAAACAAGUGAAGACGUGACCAUCAGUUAAAUCAUAUACUGUAAUCUUUCAUUCCUUGAAAAUGAAGAAACCUGCAUAAUGACCAGUCCUGUUCCUCAUGUGAUUUUUAGCUGUCUUCGUGUUUACUAUUGCCAGUGACGUCUCCUAGUUAUUUAUAACAUUUUAUACAAACCAUGUAUGUUCUGGUGUGCCAGAAACUCAGGAUAAUUCACUCUUUAGUUCAUGAAUGUUUGAUUUUGUUUCUUUAAACCCCUCCCAUUUUUGCACAUGCACAUCGCAGCUUCGAAGAUCUUAGGUAUAAGGGAACACGAAAAAAAUUGAUCUACGAUGAUAUAUUCUACCUUUGUCGAAAUUUUCACAAUUUUCGUGAGAAUCAGCAACAUUUCGAACAGAUCCUUAAUCAAGAUUCACAUAAAAAAAUUAUAAUUACAGAAAAAAACGAGCUUUCUUAUUUCUCAAAAUUUUACAUGUAUCCCUUUAGUUUCUGUGUAUAGUUUUAUGAUGUAACAUUACUAUUAUUAAUCAAAUUAGCCAACAGCUGCUUUCAUUACAUAUUUAUUUUGUCACUUGAAAUUUUUUCCCUUUCAGGAUGCCUUAAUAAAAAUCCGUUUAUGAUUC